GACCAGCCCUCUCCGGGGACCCCUUUGUUCGCUUCUCAGACUUAAGCACCUCUGCGUUCCUUCGGGGCUUCAGUGACAGCGUCCUCGCCCAGCCAAGGAAAACAAGGGAGCGUCGGAGGUGAAAGGGGAGGGAGGGGUGAGAGAAGAAGACAAACAGUGACGGAAAGCUGCCUUCUACUCCAGUCUCCUCGGACUCCGUCCCCUUCGCGACAUGUCGCGAUCCUUCUAUGUCGACUCUCUGAUCAUCAAGGACUCCUCGAGGCCUGCGCCCUCCCUACCUGAGCACCAGCACGGCCCCGAUUUCCUCAUCCCCCUGGGCAUGCCGUCGCCCCUGGUCAUGUCAGUUUCGGGCCCCGGCUGCCAGUCGCGCAAGAGCGGCACUUUCUGCGUCUGUCCACUCUGCGUCACCUCCCACCUGCACUCAGCGCGGACGGGCGGCGGCGCAGGCGGCGGCGGGGGAGGAGGAGGAGGUGGCGGCGGCGGCGGCAGCGGGGCAGGCGGUGGGGCUAUCCCUCUGCUCAAGAGCCAGUUUCCCCCUGGCCCCGGGGACGGGCAGUUCUGCCCCCGGAUGAGCCAUGCCCAUCAUCACCACCACCAGCCGCAGCACCACCAUCACCACCAGCCCCAGCAGCCUGGCUCAGCAGCGGCGGCGGCGGCGGCGGCAGCUGCUGCGGCUGCGGCUGCAGCCCUGGGACACCCCCAACACCACGCACCUGUCUGUGCCGCCACCACCUACAAUGUCACCGACCCCCGAAGGUUCCAUUGCCUCACCAUGGGUGGCUCUGAUACUAGCCAAAUUCAAAACGGCAAGAGGAUGAGGACAGCUUUCACCAGCACCCAGCUCCUGGAACUGGAAAGGGAAUUCUCCUCAAACAUGUAUCUUUCUCGGCUCCGGAGAAUCGAGAUUGCUACGUACCUCAACCUCUCAGAGAAGCAGGUGAAAAUCUGGUUCCAGAACCGUCGAGUGAAACACAAGAAAGAGGGCAAAGGUUCGCAGAGGAACAGUCAUGGGGGCUGUAAGUGCGUCAGCAGCCAAGUUCACUACCCGCGCUCUGAGGACGAAGAGUCCUUAUCCCCUUCCUCCGCCAACGAAGACAAGGAGAUCUCUCCCUUAUGAGCUCCUUUCCCUCACUGCAACAAGCUCCUAAGGUCUCUCCGUCCUUUCCUGCCUCCCCAACCCCUCAUCUCACUUCCCCCAUGAGACCUACGGGGAGCAUACCUGGCAGGCGCGAAGGAAUCAUGAACACUUUGCAGAGGCCAGUGAAAACGGUGAACUCAGGCCGGGAAAAUUCUUCUCCAGGGUUCUGCACCUGCUGCUGCUGCUGCAACCACGCCAAGAGGAGGACACCGGCCAACUCCUCACCUCCUCUCUCUGCACCAGGCUUAGCUCAUUUCAGUUUUUAUCUGUUUGGUUCCUGUUCAAUUCGCAGUCUUAGAUUUUUAAAGGAGUGUAACUGAUUUAGAAGUCAACUAAAAUCUUGUAUAACACAAAAAAGCAGGUGUUGUUGGGUGGGUGGGAUUAUUUGAUUUUUAACACUGUAUUGGGGUUUUCCAAAAACGUCAUUUAUCCUCCUGUUUUUCAACAUGUCUUAUGGCUGAACCCCGUUUUUGUUUAUUUUAUUGUGUUUUUUACAGGAAGUUUUGAAGUUGGAAUUAACUUAGAAAAUUAUGCCUUGUAGUUCUGCUUUCUGAAAAUUGUCUGUAAAAAGUGACAGAUGCAGUCAUUGA